AUGAAGUCGACUCAAUACCUCGCAGCUGCAGUGACUGCCUUAGGCCUGGUUUCGCAAGGCUUUGCACAGAACAACAACGGCGGGAAUAACAACAAUAACAACAACAACAACGUCAACGCCCAAGGUGGAAACAACAACAACAAUAACGGGGGCAACAACAAUAACAACGGCAAUAAUGGAAACAAUGGCGGCGGAAAUGCCAACGGUCUGACACUGCUUCAAGCCAAUGUCCAAGCAGCAUCAAACUCGCAAGGCACACCCGAUAUUGCUGCUGGCCAGUCCAACUCCAAGACUGAUCCAUUCAACUUCAUCAAUUUCUGUACCGGCAAGACCAUCACGAACGGCAAGCAAGUUACCCAAGGUUCGUGCAACGGUAUCGUUAUGGGUGAUAUCCCGUCCAACAACAACAUGGUCUCCUCAAUUGUCGUCUUUCCCAAGCACAACGAUAAUAUCGCUGCCAACCAAGACUUUAACGUCCAGGUCCAGAUCACGAACCUGGUUGCUGGAUCCUUCACCGAUCCCAUCAACACCUACUAUGCGGCACCCCAGGAACUCCAGGGUGGAAACAUUGUUGGCCAUUGCCACGUUACUGUUCAAGAUCUCAACAACAACAUCAACCCAACACAAGGCCCGGAUCCAAAGAAGUUCGCAUUCUUCAAGGGUAUCAAUGACGAUGGUAACGGAGCCGGUCUCCUUCAAGCCACGGUCAAGGGUGGUCUCCCCGCAGGAACUUAUCGUAUCUGCACUAUGAACUCGGCUUCCAACCAUCAACCCGUUCUCAUGCCUGUUGCACAACGUGGAGCUCAAGAUGAUUGCAACAAGUUCACCGUUGGUGGAAAUGGCAACGCUGGAGGCAACGCUGGAGGCAACGCUGGAGGCAAUGCUGGCGGAAACAACGGAGGCAAUACUGGAGGUAACAACGGCGGCAAUACUGGCGGAAACAACGGAGGUAACAACGGAGGCAAUACCGGCGGCAAUCAAGGCAACAACGGUGGAAACGGAGGAGCUGCUGCAACCACAUCAGCUGCUGCCGCUGCCACGAGUGCCGCUACUGGUAACGGAAAUGGCCAAGGCAACGGAAACAACGGUGGCAACAACGGAGGCAACGGCGGCAACAAUGGCGGAAAUGCUGGAGGUGCCGCCACUACGACUGCUGCAGCAGGUGGAGCUGCUACCACCACCGCCGCUGCAGGAGCUGCUACCACCACGGCAGCCAACGGAGGACGAGGAGGUGGCAGAUUUGGCCGUGGACGAUUUGGCCGUGGAAGAGGGCGAUUCGUUGCUCGAGACAUGAUUGCAUGA